UCAGUGAAGCAACUCCAUUCAUUACACAGCAGAUUAUUGUUCAGACUAGACCGAAAUAGAAAUCCAUCACUUUAAAAAAUCGCAUUCCAAAUUUUUAUAUUUGUCCCAAAAUUUAAACAAUGAUCUAUUCGAACGUGGUGCGACUUCUUUCGUUGGUAGUGGGCUGUCUUUAUCCGGCAUUCGCCUCCUACAAGAUCCUGAACGGGCAGCGGCGCAAUGACGAGGACAUGCGCAUUUGGAUGUCUUAUUGGAUCGUCUACGGAGUCUUCCUGAUAUUCGACUUUCUGUCCUGCGGGUUGGCCCCGUUUGUGCCCUUCCUGGACGAGAUCAAGCUGGUGUUCCUCUGCUGGCUCCUGCCGUCCCUUGGCGCUGGAAACCAGAUCAUCUACGAAGAGUUCCUGCGCUCCUUCUUCAGCAGCAACGAGAGCUGUAUCGACCAGGCUCUAACCCACGCAACUCUAACAGGCAGUGAUUUCCUGGGCCAGCUGGUGGGCUCUAUUCUGGGCCAAUUCAUGGCUGUUGCCGAUAGCUGCUUCCUGACACGGAGCAAUCGCUCUACCCUCCAAAUCACGCCCAGCAUCGAGGAUAUUGUGAACAAAGUGAUUGCCCAGCGACGGAUCGAUGAGAAGCGUAUGCCGUCUGGAAACCACAACAACAACAACUCGUUGGAGGAGGAAUCCCAAACAAAUUCUGAAGACAGGGACAGCACUCUAGGGCUAAACGAUGAUGAUCUGUUGAACGAGUCCGAGUCGGAUCUGUUGCUCUACCACGAACGCAAUCGCAACCUCCGAACAAAGGAUAAGCCCCAAACCCCGCCGAAGCCCAAACGCCAACCGUCGCUGGACGUGGAGGAUCCAGAUCUUAUGACAGAUUACGAUCAGUAUAUGGUUUCAGUCGGAGUUCAAUAUCACCAUUCAAUAUAAUCAUUAACCUGCUUGGUGCGACAAUUUUUUCCGGCGGAAUAUCGAUCCAUAUCAGUUUGAUCUGUUGAAGCAUGUAUCCCAAAUUUGUGAUUCCAAUAGUAGUCUUUCGUUCACGUGUAGCAAUCAUAAAAUGCAAUAAACAAAAUCCAUUUCUCUAAA